AUUAGUGACGUGGGCUUACAAAAGGCAUAAAUUACAACUGCCCCCCUACAUACACAUUGACAUAGUCACAUGUAUGUUCUAUAAAAAUGUGAUGAAAAAGACUAUCAACAAAGCAAGCAAAUCUUACACUUUCUAAACAAUCUUUUAGAAAAAAGAAUCAAGAAAGUAAAGAAAAUAAUGGAAAACACAAAGAAAAAUCUUCACAUUGUGAUGUUUCCAUGGUUUGCAUAUGGUCAUAUUAACCCAUUUAUACAACUCUCUAACAAGCUUUCCUCCCAUGGAAUCCAAAUCUCUUUCUUUUCAAUACCAGGUAACAUCCCAAGAAUCCAAUCCUCCCUUAAAAACUGCCCUACAAACCAAAUUAUCCCCUUAACUAUCCCUCCAAUUGUAGGACUAUCCCCCAAUUUUGAUAGUAGUACAGACAUUACAAAUCAAACAGCUGAACUUCUGAAACUUGCACUUGAUCAAAUGAAACCCCAAGUUGAAUCAUUACUUUUGAAUCUUAAACCCCAGAUUGUUCUAUUUGAUUUUGCCCAUUAUUGGCUUCCUUCAAUGGCGGCUCAGAUGAAUAUUAAAGGGGUUAAUUUCAGUGUUUUUUCUGCUGUUGCGAAUUCUUAUCUUACUGUUCCAUCAAGAAUGGUGGUUUCUGGAAAAUUGCCGAGUAUUGAGGAUUUGAAGAAGCCUUCAAAAGGGUUUCCAGAAACUUCUUCGAUUUCUUCAAUGAAAGCUUUCCAGGCUCGAGAUUUUCAGUACCUUUUCAAGAGCUUUAAUGGCGGAAAAUCUGUUUUCGAAAGAAUUAUGAACUUCACAAAAGCAUGUGAUUCAACCAUUUACAAGUCUUGUACUGAAAUCGAAGGUCCGUAUUUGGAUUAUAUUCAAACCCAGAUCGGAAAACCUUUGAUUUUAGCUGGGUGUUUUGUUCCUCAACCAGAAUCUGGUGAAUUAGAAGAAAAAUGGCGGAAAUGGUUGGGAAAAUUUCCAGAAAAAUCCGUCAUUUUCUGCAAUUUUGGAAGUGAAACAUACUUGAAUAAUGAUCAAAUUAAAGAGAUUUCAACUGGGUUAGAACUAACAAAUUUACCCUUUUUCUUGGUUUUAAAUUUUGGGAUUAAUCCAAUUGAUUCUGAAAAGAAAUUAGAGGAAUCAUUACCUGAAGGGUUUAGAGAAAGAAUCAAAGAAAGGGGGGUAGUUCAUACUGGGUGGGUCCAGCAGCAGCACAUAUUAGCACACAAAAGUGUAGGAUGCUAUCUUAACCAUUCUGGAUUUAGUUCUGUAAUUGAAGGGAUAGUGAAUGAUUGUCAAUUAGUAUUUGUGCCAUUAAAGGGUGAUCAAUUCUUGAAUUCUAAGCUUUUUAGUGGUGAUUUGAAGGUGGGUGUGGAGGUUAAUAGAAGAGAUGAUGGGUAUUUUGGGAAAGAUGAUAUUUUGGAAGCAAUAAAGAUGAUCAUGGUGGAUAUUGAUGAAGAACCAGGUAAAUCCAUUAGAGAAAAUCAUAUGAAAUGGAGAAAGUUUUUCUUGAAUAAAGAGAUUGAAGAUAAAUAUGUUGCAAAUUUGGUUAAGGAACUCCAUGAUUUGGCUUACAAGGGUUAACAACAAUAAUAAAAUGUAACUGUUUGUUUAAAGGCACUCUUACUUGCUACUUUGCUAGGGUUUUUUUGUUACGAUUAUGGAGUACUUCUUAAUAGGCUUCACAAUAGUAAAAAAAGGUGAUGAAAUGGUCUUGUAUUAGGGUUUUUUUUCUUUUGUAAAAGUAGUAACGAUAAUGGUUGCUUUUGUAACAAUUAUGUGUUGCAUUGUUGUGUACUUAGCUGUAUACAAUUAGAUUAUGUCAAAUUUAGAUUUGGACAUAAAUUUGACUUGAAAAUCGACUAGAAGUUAAUGGGUUAUAACUCAGGAAUUUUAACUCGCAACCCAAAAAUUAACCGGCCUGAAAAGUUUGAAAUUAUCAUCAUUAUUAUAUUUUGUAUAUCUCGCUUAUAGAAGUUAUAAUGGUCUAGAGAUAGUUGGAUGGCAGCAAAUCAUACCUUUAUCAAAUAUAUAACUUACGUAUUGAAAC